CGUUGUUAAACGUCAUGGUGUGACGUAAGAACACCUAACCACAAAAAUUUCUGUAGUGUUAUCAAUAUCCAAAAUAAUUUAAUAUGGCUUUAAUCAGUGCAAGAAACUUACUGAAAUGCGGUCAAACCUUAAACGACUGUUUGUUGUUUAACGCUAGGUCAAUCGCACUAUCCAACAUAAGGAGAAAUAACAAACCAGAAGAGAAACCAAACGAUGCCGAAACACAAAGUACGGCAGAGGAAAAGAACGAGGACAUUGAAAAGUUGAACAAGGAAAUAGCACAGUUAACAGAAAAAAACAAUGAAACCUUGGACAAGUAUAAACGUGCUUUGGCUGACGGCGAAAAUUUAAGAAACAGACUAACUAAGCAAAUUGCUGAUGCAAAAAUCUAUGGCAUUCAAAGCUUCUGUAAAGACUUAUUAGAUGUGGCAGAUGUACUGAACAAAGCUACCGAAACUGUACCUAAGGAAGAAAUUAACGAUAAAAAUCCACAUUUGAAGAGUUUAUAUGAAGGUUUGGUUAUGACAGAAGCACAAUUAAAAUCAGUCUUUAAAAGACAUGGUUUGGAACCUGUUAAUCCAUUAAAUGAGAAAUUCAAUCCCAAUUUCCAUGAAGCCCUGUUUCAACAGGAAGUGGAAGGAACAGAGCCAGGCAAAGUAGUAAUUGUAUCAAAAAUCGGUUAUAAACUACAUGAUAGAGUAAUUAGACCUGCCCUUGUUGGAGUGUCUAAGUAGAUUUAUAAUUUUGUAUAAUUUCUAAGGGAUUAAAAUUAGUUGAAAUGUGACCUUGAUUAUCUCACAAACAGCUAUUAUGUACAGAUUAGUUAUAUGUUUUGUAAAUAAAGUCUUGAAAAGGACCAUUAAA